UCUUACUGCUGCCGCACGUCUCACUUCCUCCAGAUGUGCGCUCGUCUGUGGAGCGCUCCCCCGCCUCUGUGGCUCUUAUGAGGAGAUAUUGUUCUCCUACAGUCAGGUCAACAAACAGGUGCGGAUAACACAUGAGAGAGCAGAUCAUCCUGUCAUCCUUCUGGAACUAUCACGGAUGAUGGUUUCACAGCUUCAAUAUGGGCAAUUCUGUGAAGAAAGGGAAGGUUGUCAUUGCCAAUGAGAAACAGGUGAAAAGCUUGUGUACCUACAAGGCAGAAAUCAGAUCCUACAAAAUAGAUGAGAAGGAAGAAAGUGAAUGGGGAAAGAACAAAGCAAAAUCCUCCUUGAAGACUGAAAUUCAGCAAUACAUCAACAGCAGUGAUGUUGUGAUCUUCAGCAAGAGUUCUUGUGACAACUGUUCAAAAGUAAAAGACCUCCUUGAUGAAUGGAAUAUUCCAUAUUUUGCAGUGGAGCUAGACCAAAUAAGCAACGGGCAAAGCCUUACAAAGGAGCUCUCUAAAUAUACCAUGGGGACGGAAUUACCCAAUGUGUUUGUGAAGGAAAGCUGUAUAGGAGGUUACACUGAUGUUUUACAGUUGUCCAAAGAUGGUUUGUUCCAGAAAUUGUUAGAAGGCAAACAUGAUAAACCCAAGGAGGAUGCCUAUGACUAUGAUUUGAUAGUUAUUGGUGGAGGAUCAGGAGGUCUAGCAGCUUCCAAGGAGGCUGCACAGUAUGGUAAGAGGGUGCUCGUACUGGAUUAUGUCAAGCCUUCACCUUUAGGAACCACAUGGGGCCUUGGAGGAACGUGUGUCAAUGUAGGCUGUAUACCCAAAAAAUUGAUGCAUCAGGCAGCUCUGCUUAGGCAAUUUCUGAAAGAUUCCAGCAAAUAUGGAUGGCAGAUUGAAGAUAAUGUACAACAUAACUGGGACAUUAUGACAGAAUCUAUCCAGAAUUACAUUGGCUCUCUGAACUGGAACUACAGGGUGGCACUAAUGCAAAACAAAGUGAAAUAUGAAAAUGGCUAUGGAGAGUUUGUGGAACCACACAAGAUAAAGUCAACCAAUUCAAAAGGAAAAGUGAAGUAUUUUACAGCAGAAAAAUUCCUCAUAGCUACCGGAGAAAGACCACGUUACCUUGGUAUACCUGGUGACAAGGAAUACUGCAUUACAAGUGAUGACCUCUUCUCCCUGCCCUACUGCCCUGGAAAGACGCUGGUGGUUGGUGCAUCCUAUGUUGCACUGGAGUGUGCGGGAUUCCUGGCAGGACUGGGGCUGGAUGUUACGGUCAUGGUGCGUUCAAUUCUCUUGAGAGGUUUUGACCAACAAAUUGCUGAGAAGAUUGGAGAACACAUGGAGGAGCAUGGAGUGAAGUUUAUCAAACACUUUGUGCCAACAAAGAUAGAGCAGAUAGAAGCAGGGACACCUGGGAAAUUGAACAUUACAUCUCAGUCAACUGAUGGUUCAGAGAUUAUGGAAGAAUAUAACACCGUUAUACUAGCUAUUGGCAGAGAUGCAUGCACGAGGACCAUUGGUCUGGAUAUACCUGGAGUAAAGAUCAAUGAAAAAACAGGAAAAAUUCCAGUUAAUGAUGAAGAGCAGACAAAUGUACCUUACAUCUAUGCGAUUGGGGACGUACUGGAAGGCAUGUUAGAACUGACCCCAGUAGCUAUCCAGGCAGGACGCUUACUAGCCAGAAGACUAUAUGGAAACUCAAGAAUAAAGUGCGACUAUAUAAAUGUGCCAACAACCGUAUUUACUCCUUUGGAAUAUGGUACCUGUGGUUUAUCUGAGGAAAAUGCCAUUUUGAAGUAUGGAGAGGAAAAUAUAGAGGUUUACCACAGUUAUUUCUGGCCUCUGGAAUGGACGGUUCCAGGAAGAGACAACAACAAGUGUUAUGCAAAAGUCAUCUGCAACAUAAAAGACAGUGAAAGAGUGGUGGGUUUCCAUGUUCUUGCCCCUAAUGCUGGAGAAAUUACACAAGGGUUUGCAGCUGCCAUAAAGUGUGGUCUCACCAAAGAACAAUUGGACAGUACAAUAGGAAUACAUCCAGUAUGUGCAGAGAUAUUCACCACCCUAAGCGUGACAAAGCGGUCUGGAGGAAGCAUUAUGCAGGCUGGAUGCUGAGGUUAAACCCCGCUGUUUGUUGCUGUUGCUAAUGUUUCUCAAAGUGAGCUAAACUGUUAAAGCCUGAAGACAAUGCCAGGGGAAGAUAAUAAGAAACAUCUACACGACUGAAGAACAAGAAAUUCAUUAGCUUUGAGCAUGGCAGCGCACAAUACAGCUAGAUUACUGGAAAUAAACCACUGCAGUGCACUCUUAGUGCUUUAGUGAUGUCAGAACCCAAAGCCGAAUUUGGUGGGCUGUGACUGAAGAACUGCAAGCUUGGUUUAUGGACCCUGGGAGAUACGUCCCUACAUUUUCACUGGAAUAAAACUAUUAAUUUAAAUGUAAA